AUGGGGACGCCCAGUCCCGCGUCGGCUCCCUCCUUCCCUCCCGCCCCGGCCACCCUCGCUCGUCCCAGUGCUCAUGCGCCCCGGGAGAGGUUUAAAGCGGGCGCGGCGGCUGGCGGUUGCCCUGUGCUGCGCUGUUCUCUUCGGCUCUCGACUCCCGCAGUGUGCGGGCCCCGCAGCCAUGUGGCUCACGCCCCUUUUCCUCGGUGGGUACCACGGGGAGCGGCUCGGGGCCAGCGGGGCGGGCACGGAGCAUCGCCCCGACCCGCUCCCUGUCUGUUCGCAGGCGCUUUCCUGCUCUUCAGCCCCGUGCGCGGGAGCGACGGCUCGGCUUCCACUGCUAUCACAUGCUAUACAAGAGGACUUGAUCUUAGAAAGGAGACAACAGAUGUCCUUUGCCCAGCAAACUGUCCUUUGUGGCAAUUUUAUGUCUUUGGGGAUGGAGUUUAUGCCUCUCUUUCCAGUGUCUGUGGAGCUGCCAUACACAGUGGGGUGAUCACCAGUGCAGGAGGAGCUGUAAGGGUGCAGACUCUUCCAGGACAGGAGAACUACCCUGCUGUAAAUGCUAAUGGGAUCCAGUCUCAAGUGCUUGCUAGAUGGGCUUCAUCUUUCUCUGUGACUGGUACCAAGAACACAGCACUUGAAGCAGUUGGGCGAGCCGUGUCAACAGCACGUCCUUCUACAGGUAAACGACCUAAGAAGCUGCUUGAUAAAAAGGCUGGAAACAAAGACUGUAAAGCUGACAUUGCAUUUCUCAUUGAUGGAAGUUACAAUAUUGGCCAACGCAGAUUCAACUUGCAGAAAAACUUUGUUGGAAAAGUAGCCAUGAUGUUGGGGAUUGGCACAGAAGGGCCUCAUGUUGGAGUUGUACAAGCCAGUGAAUAUCCCAAAAUUGAAUUCAAUCUGAAAAAUUUCACUGCUGCAAAAGAAGUCUUAUUUGCCAUAAAAGAACUAGGCUUCAGGGGAGGCAAUUCUAAUACAGGGAAAGCUUUGAAGCACACAGCUCAGAAAUUCUUCUCUUCAGAAAGCGGAGCACGCAAAGGAAUUCCCAAGAUCAUUGUAGUAUUCUUAGAUGGCUGGCCCUCAGAUGAUAUAGAAGAAGCUGGCAUAGUGGCCAGAGAAUUUGGAGUCAAUGUAUUCAUUGUAUCUGUAGCAAAACCCACAACAGAGGAGCUGGGAAUGGUACAAGACAUUGGGUUUGUUGACAAAGCUGUCUGUCGAAGUAACGGCUUCUUCUCUUACCAAAUGCCCACCUGGUUUGGCACCACCAAAUACGUGAAGCCUCUCGUCCAAAAGCUGUGUUCCCACGAGCAGAUGCUGUGUAGCAAGACGUGCUACAACUCCGUCAACAUCGCUUUCUUGAUAGACGGGUCCAGCAGCAUUGGAGACAGCAACUUCCGCCUCGUGCUGGAAUUCAUCAGUAACGUUGCAAAGGCUUUUGAGAUCUCCGACAUCGGCUCCAAGAUUGCAGCUGUGCAGUUCACGUACGACCAGCGUACCGAGUUCAGCUUCACCGACUACACCACGAAAGAAAAGGUCCUCUUGGCGAUCCGGAACAUUCGCUACAUGAGUGGUGGCACUGCCACUGGCGAUGCCAUUUCCUUCACGACCAGAAAUGUCUUUGGGCCGAUGAAAGACAGCCCUAACAAAAAUUUCCUCGUUGUUUUGACCGAUGGUCAGUCUUAUGAUGAUGUUAGAGGGCCUGCUGCUGCUGCCCAGAAAGCAGGAAUAACAGUCUUCUCUGUUGGUGUUGCCUGGGCACCUCUGGAUGAUCUGAAGGACAUGGCAUCUGAACCAAGAGAAUCUCAUACUUUCUUCACUAGGGAGUUCACAGGAUUAGAACAGAUGGUCCCUGAUAUUAUUAGAGGCAUCUGUAAAGACUUUUUGGAAUCUAGACAAUAAAGAAAAUCUGCUCUUAGAUAUCACUACUUUGAAACUAAACAUGAAACUGAAAUGGUCCUUCCAAAAUACAAAUGCUUUAUCCUUGUAUAUGCUAUCUUAAGGAAAGAAGAAAGGCUACUUCUCACUGCUGUAGUCAGUCAAGGAUUCUUGUGACCUUGUUAGAAGUUGUACUGGAAUGCAGAAUUUGGCCACCAGCUAUUCUUUUCAGUACAUAUAUACUACCCUCAUACUUUAAACUUACUCAUAUUGUGCACUUAAGGCUAUCAGAUAGCAGCAAAUGAAACAAUACAGCUCUGACAUUUUUGCUGUCACUUGCUAGAUGUCAUCUUAUGAGUUAAAGAUAAUAUUUUUAAUACAUAGUAUUACACUCUUCCAGAAGCCUUCUAUAGCUUGCAGAUGAGGUUCUGUACCUUCUGAAGAAGUUCCACUAACAGCAUGGAGUACUUCCAGUGCUCCUCUUGCCCAACAUCAGUUUUGCAAGGCAGUUUAAGAAAAGACCUGACCUAUUGUAGCUGAACAGUCUGGUUUUACUAGCUGAGGUUUGGCUGUUGUGAAUGAUACUGCCAUGUGGUUGGCAAAGUUUAUGAUAAAAGACAUUUAAGUUCCAA